GUAUUGAAAUUUGUGAGACACCUAGUGGAGAAACAUGUGGCACAAACAUAUGCACAGUCCGGCGAAGAAGCCAAAAGUGGAACAUUCAAGUUCAAAUCCUGGAGGAAGUGGAUGGUCUGGCGGAGGUGGUUUCAAAAAUUCUCCCAAGUUGGAGGGUCAUGGGCAGCCAAACGAAGCUCUCAAACAAGAGAGGAGAGCGCUGCCAAUCUAUCCUGCGAGGCAGCAGUUGAUUGCUCAGAUCCGACGUCUUCCGUCUGCUAUCGUGAUUGGAGAAACUGGAAGUGGAAAAACCACACAAAUUCCUCAGUACUUGCUGGAGGCUGGAGUGAAUGGGGGAGCCGCUAUUGCCAUCACACAGCCCCGACGAGUGGCGGCCGUGUCUGUUUGCCAAAGAGUUGCUCAGGAGAAAAACACCACAGUUGGUACCUCGGUUGGCUACCGCAUCAGGUUUGAAGAUGCCACAUCAUCGAGCACAAAGUUGAUUUUCAUGACUGACGGUAUGCUGCUGCGGGAGGCGAUCCUCGACUCCAAACUGACCAAAUACUCUGUGAUUGUGCUGGACGAGGCUCACGAGCGGACUGUCCACACGGAUGUCCUCUUUGGGGUGGUCAAAGCCGCCCAGAACUGUCGCCUGAAGACAGGCUUGAAACUGCUCAAGAUCAUAGUGAUGUCUGCCACAAUGGACGUUGACCACUUCUCUCGUUACUUCAACAAAGCGCCAGUCCUGUACCUGGAGGGCAGACAGUUCCCCAUACAGGUUAUGCAUACUGCUGAACCUCAGAGCGACUACGCUUUCUCCUCCGUCGUCACGUUGUUCAAGAUACACAAAGAGGCUCCAGCCAGAGAAGAUGUUCUGAUUUUCCUUACGGGCCAAGAUGAGAUUGAUUCGGCAGUCAAACAACUCCGUCAGUUGUCGAGAGACAUGCAAGAUCUUCCCAAGCUGCUGAUUCUGCCUCUCUACGCAGCGCUGCCUCCACAGCAGCAGGUCAAGGUCUUUGAGAAAACUCCGCCGGGUCAUCGCAAGGUUGUCAUAGCAACCAAUGUCGCUGAAACAUCAAUCACCAUACCUGGUAUCAAGUUUGUCAUUGACUGUGGGAAAGUCAAAGCAAAAGUGUUCAACGCACGGACAGGGCUGGACAUUCUGCGAGUGGUCAACACGUCCAAGGCUCAGACCCUCCAGCGGACCGGCCGUGCGGGGAGGGAGUCGGCCGGAACAUGCUACAGGCUGUUCACUGAGGCACAGUUUGGGGAGAUGAGUUCCAACACGGUUCCCGAGAUACAGAGGUGUAACUUGUCCAGCGUGAUCCUCCAGCUGAUGGCUAUGGGCAUCUCAGACGUGAUGACCUUUGACUUCAUGGACAAGCCGGACAGAGAGUCAAUUUUGGCUGCACUGACAGAACUGGAGCUGCUUGGAGCAGUCGAGAAAAUUUCCGAGUCGGACAUGCCCAAGUUGACCCCACUGGGCAAGCGGAUGGCAGCUUUUCCCUUAGACCCAAAGUAUGCAAAGAUCAUCCUCUUGUCUCAGGAAUAUGGCUGUGUGGAAGAGGUCCUCACCAUCGUGUCCAUCCUGUCAGUGGACGACAUUUUCAUCAACCAAAUGAACAAGCGUGAUGAGAUACAGAGCGUCCGACAGAAAUUUGUGUCCAGCGAGGGAGAUCACAUCACGCUACUCAACACAUUCCGUGCCUUCAAGUCUGUCAACGGGAACAAGGCUUGGUGCUUUGAAAAUUUCAUCAACUAUCGGCACAUAAACACAGCCCGAGAGGUCCGCAAGCAGCUGCGGGACAUUUGCUCCUGUCAAGGAAUUCAGUUCUCUUCCUGCGGCAAAGACACGGAGAAUGUCAGGAAAUGUUUGGCUGCUGGUCUGUUCCUGAACUGUGCCCAACUGUCCAAACAAGGCGACUUCACAACCGUGUCGAGUCGACUGACCGUGUCCAUCCACCCAGCCUCUGCCCUGUUCCACUGUAAGCCCGCGUGUGUGGUCUACUCCGAGCUCAUCAAACUGGGCAAGAACUACAUGAGGAAUGUCAGCGUGGUGGACCCCGAGUGGCUUCAAGAGGUGGCUCCCUCCUACUUCAAGCAGAAGAAAGUGCACUUGAUGACCUAGCUGGUGUGUGUGUGUGUGUGUUUGAGAGAGAGAGAGAGUGUGUGUGUGUGUGUGUGUUUUUGAGAGAGA